CGUGUAAACAAUCAAAGUUGAAGCAUUUUUGUAUUAUAAGCAACUAAACAAGGGUAAUUUGGUGAACAGAAUCUAUAUAUAUACUCAACACGCAACUAAAAUCAUCGUCUCACCAAAAUCCCCAAUUUUUCGUUCAGCCUCCAUUAAUGGACCUCGAGGCUGUUCUUAACCUCUUCGAUUCAUGUUGGUUCAAUCUCCAAAUCCUUGAAAACCAUUUAAAUCCAACACAGAAAAACCCAGAUGGCAAAAUUCAAGAAAAAUCAGCUGAAAUUGUAUUUGAUUCAACAAAAUUAGAAAUACAAAUGGAGUCACAAAGCGAUGAUUUGAGCUACAAUUCAGAUUCAUUGUCGCCGGAUUCAGUUCUCCCAGCAACCCAUUUUCAAUGGGAUACUAAAAAGGCAGUACCGAAAAAAGCAAAGGGUAGAAGAAGGGAAUUGAGGAGAAGAAUAAAAAAGGGUCUUAGCAAGAGUAUAUCGGAGCUAGAAUAUGAAGAGCUAAAAGGGUUUAUGGAUCUUGGAUUUGAAUUCUCAGAAGAAGAUGUAAAUUCAAGUUUGAUUGAAAUUAUUCCAGGUUUACAGAAAUUGCGUAAAAACAGGGAUAGUGAUGAUGAUCAACAAAAAGUGAAUUUUUUUGAGAAAUCUGAUCAGUCAAGAGCCAGGCCUUAUCUUUCUGAAGCAUGGGGAGUAAUUGAAAAGAAAAAGAAAAAGGAUCCAUUGAUGAAUUGGAAAUUACCAGAAACAAGCAAUGAAAUUGACAUUAAACAUAGUCUUAAAUGGUGGGCUCACACUGUUGCUUCCUCUGUUAAACAACACAACAUAACCUAGAAUUGAAAUUUUAUCUGAUAACAACAACAACAUAUUCAGUGAAAUUUAGGAGGAUAUCGUUUGUCGUCUAUAUAGACUUUUUUUUAGCUUCUUGACUCACAUUGUUGAACUUGAAGUUGCGAUCGAAAAGUAAAUUCCUUUUGUUCUAAAGAAAAUAAAAUUUGUAUAUCGGUAGUUGAUUUUUGAAAUUUGCAUCGAACCAUCGAUGCAAGUUGUAGUGUGUGGAUAAAUUUGAAGUUAGAUAUG